AUAACCUUGAAAAUUUUUCUUUAAUAACUUCAAUUUGAGAAUUUUAUUAGUCUAUAACUUUGAGUUAUUAUAACAAGAAUGUAAUUUUUACAACUUAAAAAGAAUGGAGUCUUUGAAAAGUAACACAAAAAAUGAUAAAAUAAAAAUCAUCACAGAUUCGUUAAAGUCGAUUAAAUGGAAUCUUACCUGUCGAAUAUGUGAAAAAUUGUUUGUCGAGCCGGUCACCAUGAAUUGUGGACAUUCAUUUUGUAUAAAUUGCAUUGAAUCGUAUUUGGAAUUUAAAAGACGUUGCCCAACUUGUAAAUCUUUAAAUUUAAUUCGUGAUGGUGGAAAGAAAACUAUUCAUUUACAAAACUUAAUCCUUGGAUUUGAAAAAUUGGAAGAAAGUUGUCUGCUUGAUAUUAAAGAUAUUGAGGAGCGUGAAGAUAUUUCCACAGAAAGUGAGGAAGAAUUAGAGCAAGAAGAAGAAGAUCAAGAAAAUGAAGAAGAAGGAGAAACAGAGAUAGAGGAAGAAGAAACAGAAGAAGAGGAAGAUGAAGAAGAUACAGCGGAAAUAAAAUCGUAUAAAACAAAAAAAAGAUAUUUUCUAAGUUCUGGUUCAGAGACGACCACUGAACUUUUAACUCCAACACAAAGUACUUCGUCUCAUAAAUCGGAAUUGUAUAAAACAAAAAAAAGAUAUUUUCCAAGUUUCGGUUUAGAUGAAACUACUAAACUUUUAAAUUCGCUUUCAAAAACUUCAUCUCAAGUCGAAGGGGAAAAUGAAAAUUUGAUUUCGGACAAUAAUAAUGAAAUGAAAGUAUCUGCUGAAGAAAAUUGUGAAAAUAAAAAUACGAAAACUGUCUCGAUAAAUGAAAAACUAUCAGUCACAACCGAAGCAGAAUCGGAUGAAACAAAAAAAAGAUUUUUUCCAAGUUUCGGUUUACGUGAGACUACUGAACUUUUAAAUUUGCUAUCAAAAACUUCAUCUCAAGUCGAGGAGAAAAGUGAAAAUUUGAUUUCAGACAAUAAUAAUGAAACAAAAGUAUCUGCUGAAGAAAAUUGUGAGAAUGAAAGUACGAAAACUGCCUCGAUAAGUGAAAAACCAUCAGUCACAACGGAAGCAGAAUCGCAUAAAACAAAAAAAAGAUUUUUUUCAAGUUUCGGUUUGGAUGAGACUACUGAACUGUUAAAUUCGCUAUCAAAAACUUCAUCUCAAGUCGAGGAGAAAAGUGAAAAUUUGAUUUCGGACAAUAAUAAUGAAAUUAAAGUAUCUGCUGAAGAAAAUUGUGAAAAUGAAAAUACGAAAACUGCCUCGAUAUGUGAAAAACCAUCAGUCACAACGGAAGCAGAAUCGCAUAAAACAAAAAAAAGAUUUUUUCCCAGUUUCGGUUCUGAUAAGACCACACAACUUUUUGCUUCUAUGCCAAGUACUUCGUCUCAGGAACCGGAAUUGAAUAAAACAAAAAAAAGAUACUUUCCAAGUUUCGGUUUGGAUGAGACUACUGAACUUUUAAAUUCGCUAUCAAAAACUUCAUCUCAAGUCGAGGGGGAAAGUGAAAAUUUAAUUUCUGACAAAAAUAGUGAAAUCAAUGCAUCUGCUGUAGAGAAUUGUCAAUAUUCAAAUGCGGAAACUGAAUUGAUUUCUGAUUUUCAAUUUUCAAGUACAUCAAUGGAGAGGAAUAUGGAAAAAAUGAGAAAAUCAGAUGAAACGGAGGAGUGCUUUGACUUUAAUGCAAUUUUUGUGAAAGAAGAACAUUUCAGUAGCGAGGGGGGAGAUAGAUUUUUGCCGGGUCCGAGUGAAAGAGAAGGAUUUUCAGAUUAUUCAGUUGUGGACAAUGAGAACUUAAAUGAUUAUGAGACAAUCAAUUUGGAUAUGGAAACAAUAAAUUUAGUUACUGAAGCUAUAAAUUUGAAUUCUGAAAAUAAUAAUUUGGAAUCGGAACAAAAGAAAGAAGGUGGCAAUGAUAGUAAUUCAGAUUUCGAAGAAAAAAGUUUGCCUUCUGAAAAUGUUGGUGAUUUAGACCCAAUUAAUUCGGAUCCUGAAAUAGUAGAUUUAGUUACUGAAACUAUAAAUUUGAAUUCUGUAGCUAAUUUGAAUUCUCAAAAUAAUAAUUUAGAAUCUAAAGAAAGGGAAGAUGGGAACGACGGUGAAUCAGAAUUUGAAAAAGAAAUUUUGCCUUCUGAAAAUGUUGGUGAUUUAGAGCCAAUUAAUUCGAAUCCAGAUGAAACAAUAGAUUUAGUUACAGAAACUAUAGAUUUAGUUACAAGAGCUGUAAAUUUAAAUUCUCAUAAUAGUAAUUUUGAAAGUGAACAACAGGAAGAAAGUAGCGAUAGUGAGUCAGGUGUUGUGGUUAAAAUAAUUUUAAAUAUUAAAAAAUCGUCUCAUUAACGAGUUGAGAGUAAGAAAAGUAAUAUUAUUCGUCGCUCUAUAUUUAUAUUAUAAUAAUAGUUUUAUUUCUGUUUUGACAUUUUUAUUUUAUUUCAUUUUUUCUCAAGUUUAACUUGAGAAAUA